CUCCUUGCAAAGUAACUCCAAAACCACUUUGAGGAAAUAUGGCCACAGUUAACCCAUCAUUUUGGCUGUUGGUGAUGUUUUGUAUUUACAACUCAGCACUUGGCACCCAUAAUGCCUCAGAGCCUUUCCUGCGGACCUUCUCUGGCCGCCCUCUGAGAGAAGACGAUGUGGACUACUUAGACUUGUCUGUGCUAUACAAUGAUGACCCAGGUUCUGGCUCCUUGUCCCAGGCAGAGCCGGUGAGAAGACAUCACAGCCCGCAUCCUCAUCGCAAGCAGUACUUUGUCUCGGAGGAGGCUAAGCUUUUCCUGAAGGGUUGCCUGUCGACCGCCUUCGUCCCAACUGUGUACACCUUUGUCUUCAUCAUCAGUGUACCCCUCAACCUUGUCGCUGCCGUGAUUUUUGUGCAUCCCGUCCGUCCCAGGAAGCCUGCUGUCAUCUACAUGUUGAACCUAGCCUCUGCUGACCUGCUUUUUGGCCUGCUCCUUCCUUUCAAGAUGGUCUACCAUUACCAUGGCAACAACUGGACCUAUGGCCCCUUCAUGUGCAGUGUGGUGACGGCGGCCUUCUACUGCAACAUGUACUGCUCUGUCUUGCUAAUGGCGUGCAUCAGCCUCGACCGCCUCCUGGCUGUCGUCUACCCCAUGAACUCGCUGACGUGGCGCAGGUCUCAGACGGCAUGGGCAGUUUGUGCCGCCAUGUGGCUGCUGGCCCUCGCCGGGGCGGCACCUCUCUUAGCCGCAGGUCAAACUGCACACCUGCCCCACCUGCACAUCACCACUUGCCAUGACGUGCAAGAUGCAGAAGAGCUAAAAGCUUAUUAUCGAUACUUCUUCCCUAUCUACUGUUCUGUGUUCUUCUUCAUUCCUCUUAUCAUCACUGUGGUGUGCUACGUGCGCAUUAUCCAGGCCUUGGCAGCCUCCAACAUCGAGAACCGCACCAAAAAGACUCGAGCGGUAGUCAUGGCGGUCAUCGUGCUGGUGGUGUUUGUGGUGUGCUUCACCCCAGCUAACAUCAUCCUCAUGGUCCACUAUGUCGAGGUCGCUCAGAAGUCCAGUGACACAUCCUACAGGGCCUACCUGCUCGCUACAUGUGUAGGCACCCUCAGCUGCUGCCUGGACCCCCUUAUUUACUAUUUCGGGUCAUCUCAGUGCAGGAAACGGGUAGCGGCGCUGUUUGGACGCGGGGGACCGCAUCAGUUGACGAGCAGCUUGCGCACAGAGAGCACCCGAACCAGCAGCAGGUCGUGCAAGAUGGAGGUUGUUCAAAGUGGCCCGGGGGGCCAGUACAGCAUGUUGGACACUUAAAAAUGAUGUAUGUCUUAGUAGUGUGUAACAAGGAAAGAAAUUGGGACACAUCAGAUAAUUCAUUUACUAUAUCAAGUUUUGGUGUUUGUUUCUAUAUUUCAUAUAUUAUCUGCAUUUUGUUGUAUAAACAUUGGCUGGAUUAGUCUUUACUUUUAGCAGUUGCACAGUCUGGUGAACAGAAUAGGACCUUUAUUCAAAGUCAGUAGACCUCCGCCAAGGUUGAAAGAUAUGAAGGACCUCUGCCAAGUCUCAUGGGAGUUAUGACAUAGGUAAACAAUUUUCAUUCAGUUGCAGACGGUGAGGGAAAACAAGGGUAGAGUCGUCCCUCGCCACUUUGAAUUCAGUGACUUCACUCUAUCACGGUGUUCAAAUAUGUAUUAACAAUUCAUGCUAUUUUGUGGAUGAAUUUGCCAUAUUUUUACUCCAAAAAUAUGCCAAUGGAAGCAAAUUGUAUGUAUGUUUUGCCUCAAAGUAGCCACUCACGCUGUGGUGCAGCUCAAAUUAUACUUGCUCUCACGUCCGCCACGUCAAUAAAUGGUGAUGCCAUCUCAGAAUGAAGUUAAACCGAAGCGUUUUCAUAGGCUAUUCUAAACUCAUAACCUCAGUCCAAGUUACCAUGGUGAUAUAGCCGCUUUAAAAGGGUACAGGCAAGCCUGGCUUUAGACUGGACACACCUUGCUAACUGUAAGAAGCAAUAUUUUCAUCUGCUACAUUCAUUAUGUACCCUGCCUCUCGCCCAGAGACAGCUGGGAUAGGCUCCAGCAUACCCAUGACCCUGGUGAGGAUAAGCGGUAGAAGAUGGAUGUAUGAAUGGGCAUUCAUUACGUCUGACAUGGAAGAUAAGCUUUCACCGCUGUCUGGACACCAUUUUUUUUAACUAUUUCAUGCCUUAAUGCAACACAUCAUGCACACUCACACAACUGAACCAAAGAAUUUCAAUCGCAUGCACCAUUAUUUUAUUUUCUCAUUAUUUUCACUAAUCUGCCCAACAUUAUAUAUAGAUACAGUUUGUAUGUGGCCAUAUUUAAUGUGUGACUCGUCCAAUGACUGUGCGCAUGUUCAAGACUGGGCAGCAUGUUAAUGUCACUUUAAUGACAUGUGGUUCAGUUACAUUGUUGCACCGGACAAGGUCUAAUAUAGUCUAUCCAAACAAUACACAUGUUAAGAGUGUAUGUUUGGUCUGAGCAGCUACUGUAUCUGUGUUAAGCGUUUUUUCACUCUGCAGUCUGCUUGUCAUCAGGACACAGCUCUGGAACAGAAGGAGUGAGAGAGACAUUUGUACAGGUUUUACAGAAAAUCUCCAUCUAUUAGUAACUUGAAUAAAUAAGUAUAAUAAAUACAUAAAACGUGCAAGCAACACCAAGACCCGCUGACCUGUUAUUCCAUCAUAUUUAUGGAUUUUCUCUGGAAAAUUCAAACAGUCCACUUGCUUUUGGAACACUUCAACAUCUUUGGGAUCUAUUUGUCCGCUCCUUGCUGAAAAAUUGGAUAUUACAGUGCAUUUAUUUUAAAAGGUCACAUUCUAUACCACUGAUUGGUGGAUGAGAGAAGUGCAGACUUACUGAACUGCAGGAUGAAUCUACCAGUCACGUCACCAUUCCGGAAGGUGUCUGUCCACAGGAGGCAGUCGGAACAGGUCCUCAGGAUGUGACCUUUGUGGUCUGCUAGAUUUUCUUUGGAAACACUCAAUUAAUUAUUUAAUGAAUAAACAAAUUUUGAUCCCUAUAUAAAAUAAAACUUUUAAUGAUGCUGUAACAGUAAUAUGUGUCCCUCUAGUAUUAUAUUCAUUCAUUUUCUACCUCUUUUUCCUUACGAGGGUCGCGGGGGCGCUGGAGCCUAUCCCAGCUGUCUUUGGGCGAGAGGCGGGGUACACCCUGGACUGGUCGCAGGGCACAUAUAGACAAACAAACAUUCACACUCACAUUCAUACCUAUGGACAAUUUGGAGUGGCCAAUUAACCUAGCAUGUUUUUGGAAUGUGGGAGGAAACCGGAGUACCCGGAGAAAACCCACGCAUGCACGGGGAGAACAUGCAAACUCCACACAGAGAUGGCUGAGGGUGGAAUUGAACACUGGUCUCGUAGCUGUAAGGUCUGCGCGCUAACCACUCGACUGCUGUGCCGCCCUUCUAGUAUUAUAUAUUACCAGCAAACCUUCGCCAGUUUUGAAGUUUUUAAUUGUAAUCAUGAAGAAAAAGCCUCCUUUCUCUUCCUCCCACCUUUGACCCACUCCUAGCUAGAUGAAUGCUGGAACCUAUCCCAGCUGUCUUUGGGUGAGAGGCUGGGUACACCUUGGACUGGUCGCCAGCCAAUCACAGGGCACAUAUAGACAAACAACCAUUCACACUCACAUUCAUACCUAUGGACAAUUUGGAGUGGCCAAUUAACCUAGCAUGUUUUUGGAAUAUGGGAGGAAAUUGGAGUACUUGGAGAAAACCCACACAUGCACAGGGAGAACAGGCAAACUCCACACAGAUGCCCGAGCAGGGAAUCAAACCCACUGUAUGUAAUUUUUGCUCAUCCACUUACUGCGAAACAUGGUAGCAAGUCCAACAACUGUAGCAUUGACUUCACCCAGAAUACAACGAUUGCUGUGUGGGACA